UAAGGUGCAACUUCAAAGGCAUUUUUACUUUGCAUUUAUCAUUUAUUGCCUAAUUAUUUACAACGUAAACUUUAGGAGAAAGGGCAAGGAGACCAAUAAGCCAUGGAGACCCUUCGUGCAUGUCAGUGGCCCGGCUUUUUAACUGGGGACAGCGCUCCGGGAGUGACGUCCACAUAAGACACUGCGUCACGCAGCAGGUAGCUGCCACUCUCCUCCAAUGAGAGCUGCCAACUCCACAGACUUUAAAAACACGUUUCCUGUUUGUGUUCAGGCAGCUAGAAAUACAUUCAUCAAAUAGAUAUGGAUACAAAAUAGCCACAUGUUUGUUUUUUCUCCUUUCUCUUCCUCUUUGACCGACGAAUGUUCCCCAGCUUGUGUUGUGGAGAGAAGCAGAACUGAACUAAAGGGGGACAGCUCGCCUUCAAACACGGAGAAGAUGACCUGCAGCAUCCUGCUGCUCAUCACCCUGACCUCCUGCGUCUGUGGUUCGUUUCCACCUGCAGCAGGAACAUUUGUAGUGAAUGUGACACAGAGCUCCUAUCAGGCAGAGGAGAACGAGGACAUCACACUGGAAUGGACGUUCACAACCAAACCUGACAGUUCAAACUCCCUUAAUAUCUUAUGUGAACUGAUUACUGAUCACAAGGUCUCAGUCCUGUAUCAUCUGCAUGAAGGUGUUGAGGUCCCAGAGUCUCAGGAUGGACAGUUUGCAGGACGAGUCCAGUGUGACAGAGACGUCCUCAGAGAAGGACGACUCAGACUUCAUGUGUCCAGACUCAGGACUGAGGACUCGGGCCUGUACCUGUGUGACGUGAGCACAACUUAUGGUGGCAGCUUUGGUAAAAGCAGACUCAAUGUCACUGCGAGGGAUCGGCCCGAACCUGAGAGACCAAACACAGAAAGUCGGGGAAGGAUCGGCCUCUACUGUGCACUUGGACUGUCAGCAGCAGCAGCUGUGCUGGGUGUUUGUUACUGUUUAUUCAGCCACUCUCAGCCUGGUGAACAAAGUCCACCCAGUCAGUCUCCAGUGAUGGAUGUGAGCAAAGUUGCAGAUCAGCAGAUGGAUCAGAGGAAACAGUUUGAUCAACAAUGUAAACGAGACAAGACUGUUAAAACCAACUUUAUACCACGGACACAGAAAAUACCAGUUUCCCAUUGGCUGGCAGGUAAUAAAACUGUCCAUCAGAGCACAUCAUACAUACCAGCAGGAAGUGGCCGUGGUAUAAGAGUCAUAGUACACAGCUGAUAUACAAAAUAAUGGACCUGAUGGAGGAAACGCUGUUCUUCACCUUUACGCUGUCCAGUGUUUUGAUUGGACGCCUCAUCACACUCUGUCACUUAUCAGACAGACCUGAAAUCUAAUGCUGAGAAGCAUGUCCACCUCGUAUUCCAUGUAUAUGCAAUGUGUUUUUACCUUUUGUAUUUACAGUUCUGUAACUGCAGCUGUGAGUUUUGACUUCAUUUCCAGACUUUUUUAACUUCUCCACAUGGAGCUUUAACACAAAGAGCUGAAACCUUUUUUAUUUUUUUAAUUGAAAUGCACUUUAAACUGAAAUGUACUGUUUUAUUUUUGUUUGUUACAGCUGCCUCUCGUUCUCUUUCAAAACCUUCUACCUCUUAAAGGAAGUUUUUCCUUGCCACUGUUACCGUAUGUAUGUAUGUGUGUGUGUGUGUGUGUGUGUGUGUGUGUGUGUGUGUGUGUGUGUAUCUUCAUUGAUCCCCGAGGGGAAACUCUGGUUACAACAGCUCAGUAUCACGUCACUGCACACAGGAAUAGAAGUACUAAGCAAAAAUAUAAUACAGGUCAGAUAAAUUAAGUACCAAGUGGGUAUGAGUAUGUACGGUAUAAUAAUACAAUAUGUACAACUUACUCAACAUGCACUUACAGGACACAGUAUUAUGGUUGACAUGUUCUCUGCACUUGUCUUGAUUACUGUAACUGUUUUCAUGCCUUCCUAAGAGCCUUUUUUAAAUGUUUCUACUUUUGCACACAGAGUUUAUUGAAUCUCUGGAGUCAUAUUUGGAUUGGAAUAAAUAAAAUGUUUUAUUUGUAUGAAUCUUGAA